UAUCCUCAUUAAUUAUACGUCGCCUGAUACAUACAAAUCCGUCUUAUCUCUACAAAUCCCUCUUUUUUAUACAUGCGGAGCAAGUCCCAUCACCGUUAAGUAUCUACUAAAUAUGUAUUUACAAUUGAUCGUUUUUCUUUAAACAAAUUUAUCAAUAACAUUUUUAGAUAAAAUCCACGUUUAUUUGUUGUGCAUUUGCCAGCAAUUUUCUCUAUUUUUGAAUCAUUACAUUUAUUUAAAAUUUUAUUAAUAGCUUUCACAUAUAAUUUUUCAGAAAACCUAAUGAUUUAUGUGCGGAAGGAUCAUUUAAUUGUUUUUGUUUUGACUUUUUCCAGUUAUGCUUUAUAUCAUUCUUCUCGAAAAGCCUUAAGUGGUGUUAAAGCUUCAAUUUCUGAGGAUUGGAUUGCAAAUUCAACGAUUACUCAUCAUCAACCACUUUUUAAUGAUUUAUCUUCCGCACAGAAUUUUCUUGGUUCUCUUGAUGCUCUCUUUAUGUUUUUCUAUGCUAUUUCGCUUGUAUUUUGGGGAUGGCUAGGAGAUCGAAUGAAUCCUCUUUGUGUUGUUGUUUUUGGGAUGGUUGGAUCUGCAUUGACGUUAACUGCUUUUGGUUCACUUCCUUAUUGGCUUGCUUGGUAUUCACUGCCUUGGUACCUUUUUACUUGGUCAUUAUUUGGUAUAGUUCAAGCUUGUGGUUGGCCUAAUGAAGUUACAAUUAUGGCAAACUGGUUUCCCCAAACAAAUAGGGGAGCAGUUAUGGGACUUUGGUCAGCCUGCCAACCAGUUGGAAAUAUUGUUGGUGCAAUUAUUGCCUCUUUUACCCUUCCAAUGGGUUAUCAGUCGACAUUUGUCUUCAAUUCGUUAAUUAUUUUAAUUGGAGCAAUUGUUAUGUUAGUUUUUGUUAAGCCAAAACCUCAAUUGGUACAUAAUCCUUUGACUGUUGAAAUGCCAACUGAGCGAAGGACUGUAAUAUCUAAUGGAAUACAUUCUGUCGAAUCUGAUGAAGAAACUGCUGAACUUAUGAGGUUUGUUUUACCAUCUAUUUAG